AAAACAAACAAACAGGCGACUAUCUUGUAGAGCAAGCCAAUGAGUUUUUCAAACCGAGAAGCCGAAUGGCAGACCGUGAGAUAUAUAUAAAAUAAGAUUUUGUGGUCAUGAUAACCACCCACCCCUAUAAACAUUUCCCAAUUUCCGGUUACUCUACCCUAAUUAACGACCAGCUCUGCACAAUGGUUAAGCAUAAGAAAACCCAGAUCCAAAAUCCAUCCUCCUCCAAAAUCCCAUUCCCUCCCCGCAAAAUCCGAAAACCCCUGAAGCCAGAGGUCCCCAAUACAGACUCCUCCUCUAAACCCAGCAAAGCAAACCCAUCUCAGCCCGCUAUCGUUUUCCCCACAGCCGUGAAGCCACUAACAUUUGAAGGCGAAAUUGACGCUGCUCUUACCCAUUUACGCAGCUCCGAUCCACUCCUCACCACCCUUAUAGACUCGUAUCGGCCUCCAGCUUUCGAGUCUCAAUGCCCACCAUUCUUAGCCCUCGCAAAAAGCAUCCUCUACCAGCAACUCGCGGCCAACGCCGCGAAAUCAAUCUACACGCGCUUCGUCGCGCUCUGCGGCGGCGAGACCGAUGUAGUCCCCGACAGCGUGCUCGCUCUUAACCCAGCGCAGCUCCGGAAAGUCGGAGUCUCCGGUCGGAAGGCGAGUUACCUCCACGACUUGGCAGACAAGUACAAGAGUGGGGUUUUAUCGGACUCCUCGAUUCUCGAAAUGAGCGAUGAGUCCCUGCUCACGAAGUUGACGUUGGUUAAGGGAAUAGGGGUUUGGUCGGUGCACAUGUUCAUGAUGUUCUCGCUGCGCAGGCCGGAUGUUCUACCGGUGGGAGACCUUGGCGUGAGGAAAGGCGUGCAGCAAUUGUAUGGGCUAAAGGAAUUGCCACGGCCUUUGGAGAUGGAGGAGAUUUGUGAGAAGUGGAAGCCUUAUAGGUCUGUUGGGUCGUGGUAUAUGUGGAGGUUUAUGGAAGCCAAAGGAGUCACAAUCACACCUACGUCUACUGUAGCAUGUGCAUCAGCACCGUUGGUGGAUGGUAAGCCUAAUCUACCGUGAGUUUAUUCAGCAUCCCUAUCAUAACAAUAUGGCAUUUCCAUGUCUUUCUUCUAUGGUAUGUUCUUUUACUGAAUGGGGAAUUUGUGUUUCUUACUUCAUAUUUUGUUGGAAGGUCGUAUUUACAAUUUUAUUAGUAUU